AGUAGCGGGCUGGGAGCAGCACGCAAGCUCUGCUGCGCUUUCUUCUCUUGCUUUUGACUUGAGGGGUGCCCUGCGGACGGGAGACGCGCACGGAGUGAAGCUAAGCUAGGUUGAGGGAACAUAGAUGAGCUCUCGGGAGAGGGAAAUGGCGGGGUUCGAUCCGCUCGACCCCGGAGCCGACCCGCCCGCCAGGGCGCUUACGGGGGACCAGGUCAAGCGCUGCAAGAAGGCGCUCAAGGCGCUCGAGAAGAAGCUCAGGGAACCCACCGCUCUCUCAAAGGAGUUCUACAGCCUCCCGGAUAUAAGAGUGCUUCAGUCGAGUACUGUUGCUCGGAGACCUGAAAAUAGGGCAAGAAAUCGCUAUAUUGAUGUUUUGCCAUUUGAUGAAACCAGGGUGCGAUUAAACUCUUCAACAGGCAAUGAUUACAUCAAUGCCAGCCUUAUAGAGAUUGAUGGAAGAGAUCGAACAAAGUUCAUUUCUACUCAAGGACCACUGACCAAUAUGUUUGAAGAUUUUUGGCAGAUGGUAUAUGAUAAUCGAUGUCCUGCGAUUGUUAUGGUCACCAAAUUUGACAGCCUUAAGUGCGAUGAGUAUCUCCCAUUGAGCAAGAGCCAUGAUAUUUUUGGAAAAUUUACCAUUGAGAUCACAAAGAUCAGAAAAGAUGGUCAAUUAGUGUUGCGUGGUGUGAAGGUGCAACGUGAUGAGUCAGAAGUAGUGCACUCACUCCUCCAUAUUGAGUAUUCUGAGUGGCCUGACCAUGGGGUGCCAAACAGCAGUACUGAUGUACAAAGAAUUCUAAAAAGAUUGUAUCACAUUCCAAGACAGCAGCCAAUAGUUUCACAUUGCAGUGCAGGCAUCGGAAGAACGGGUGCUUAUAUCACCAUCCAUAAUACAGUAGAGAAGAUUUUACUUGGAGAACUUGGUUCUGUUGAUCUUUUUGAAACUGUCAAAAGAUUUAGAUCACAGCGCCCUGGAAUGGUCCAAACAGAGGAUCAAUAUAAGUUUUGCUAUCAGGCAAUUGCAGAUGAACUGAAAGAUCUAAUAUCAAAAUCAAAACACCGAGUGGUUUUCGAGGCCACCGUCUCUGUUGGAAUGGACAGCAACCCCUCCGAAGCAGCUGGUUAUGAGCGUCAGGGAUUGGCUAUGUAUUCCCCUUCCUCUGGCAGAAACUUGUUGCCGCAGGAGCAGGAGCUUGUGGCGGCGCCGCCGCAUUUCAUCACUAGAUCAUCAGGCGGACGUGGCAGAAACGGCGGCGGCGGUGCCCCCCACUGAUUUCAUUGAAUUGUUGAUCCAGCAUUGGUGGCGUGAAUAUGACUUGCAGUCACAACAGCGUCGCGAAUCAUUGCUGGCCGAUUAUGACUUGGAGGCAGGAGGACAAGCUCGUCGGGUUGGCAGUGGUGUUGCCGCUCCAGUCCAACAACCACCCGUAAAAUUCCUGCUCCCACUCCCGUAGCCUUUAUUAUCCUUUAAUUUGGCACACAUCUACAUGUAUACUAGAUGAGACAGUAAUUGAACUGAACAUGGUUUUCACGGCGUCGCCUAAGCGUCGCCUUGGCGUCCAGGCGAGCUUCAGAUUGGGGUGUCUCCUCCGCCACGCCCGUCGUUCGUAUGGCGUCGCCUCGUGCGCCAAGGCGUCGCUAAGGCAUCGGGAGGACGCCACACGGAGGGUAAGGCGGUCGCGCGCGCGGGAAAAAGGUUGAAAAAAACGCGCCGGCGCCUUGCGCGCGCAGGGGAAAUGGAGCAGAGCGGGCGCGCGCGGGAAAUCGCGUGCCUAUACUCCCGCGCGGGCCGCCGCAUCGCUUCAGCGCGGGAAGGGAGAGAGAGCGGAGGAAAGAGAGAAGAGGGGAGGGGGGAGAGAACAGGGCAAACCUGGAAUUCAGCGGCGCGCCGCCGGCAUCCAGCUCGCCGUCCGCCCGUCCGCCGAUUCUGCUGCGGCCGUCCGCCCGUCCGCCUCUGCUCUGGCCGUCCCCCUCUGCUCCGGUCGUCCGCCAGUCUGCGGAUUGAAGCCCGAGCCCGAUCUGCUCCACCCGUCGCCCCUUCCGCCGAUUGACGCUGCAGAUCGGCUCCCGCGCCACCAUCCUCUGCUGUUACUCCACGCCUCUCCAUCCUCUGCUGCUGCUCCUGAGCCCGACCUGCGCUCCGCCCGGCUGCCAAUUGAAGCCUCCACCUGCAGAUUGACGCCUCCAUCGAUUCGUGUCUGCUUCCUUUCUCUGCUCUGCCUCUCUGCCAACGCCCUUCCUUCACGUCAGCCAGAGCUUGCUGCUUGGGACAAGAAGAAAAGAGAAGUCAGGCUCAGGCCAUCAAGAAGGGACAAGGGCAACUGGAAGUGGGAGGAUGUCUGCUACAUGGGCUCCAAAACUUGCAGCAACAAGUUAUGUUUCUAUCACUCCAUCUAGGUUAAGGUAUGUGUAUGGCGUCGCCUCGCCGCACGCCAUACUCGCCUAGGCGUCUGGAAGGGGGUGAUUCGCCUCGCCUCGCCUUACCACCGUAAAAACCAUGAGGUCGAUACUGUUAUGGUGCAAGCUUUUGCCGCAUUCCUACCCGCAUGCGUGACGGCGUACCCUCUCUUAAAGGAUGCUCCUGACUACAUCAAGUUCACAAUUUUUGGAGGUCUGGCCUUCACCACCCUGGGCCUGUUCGUCGGGAUCCUGUCCAAAUCUGUGGCUCGUCGCGGGCUGGUCAUCCGCUUGGUCUCUUUUUCGGCUAUCGCUGUCCUGACAUUCUGCACUGCUUGUCAGCUCUCCUCACAUAUCUACAUCGGUCUCUCUGCACUUGGUGUGGUGCUGAACUUGAUCGUUAUGCUACUGCAGUUCUAGGUAAUGUAGGACACGAUCGACGUUCAAUUGGAGGCCAAUUACACAAAUUGGAGUAUCUGUUUUAUGUGUGAAAUACUGAAAUCCAUUUGCUUAACAUCAAAUUGAGGAUCAACAAACACAAAGGUCCUCCUUUUCUUUUCUUUUUUUUGAGCAAAAAAAGUACUUUUCUGCUGCACUAUCUUGUAUAUAUUUGCAAAUUCAACAUCUUUUUUUUUGGUUCAUGAAGUGUAUGUGCUGUUUUAGUAUGCUUGAAGCAUGCUGGAAGCAAUUGACAGUCUGAACUCAGCUGAAUAUUCAGAAAAACAGCCUGACCACUA